AUGUCUCGCUACGGUGGUGGCGACACCACGAGGGUUGUCUAUCGAGAUGCUCGUGACGUCGAAGGCGGAUCGACUGUGUCACGUUCAGCAGCAGCACCCCGCAGUAACAACGAAAGCUACACCACUCGCAAGGUCUAUCGCGUGUCCAACCAAGAUGAAGAGGAAGAACGUAUCCCGGCCUUUCUGGCCCCUCGCGAGCGCACCUACGGAGAGACUCGUGUCGUCCGCCGAGAGAGAACUCCGGAGCCCGAGCCUAUCGUUGAGCGUCGAGAGAUUCGAAUCAGAGAGAGAACUCCUGAACCUGAACCUGAACCUGUUGUUGAGCGUCGGGAGAUCCGGAUCGAACGAGAACGCGAACCUCAGCCUGAACCUCGACGCUACGAAACAGAAUAUCGAUAUGAUCGAGAAAUUGACCGAGUAGCACCUCGUCGCGACGAUCUUGAAAGAUACGUCAGGACUGUAGACUACUACCCACGUCAAGAGGCCCCCCAGCCUAUCAUCAUUCGCCAAGAGCCGCAACAGAUCAUCAUCCAAGAAGCACCGCGACCACCCGUUGUAGUGUCACCACCACCGCUACCAACAACCCAGGAAGAAAGCUAUGAUAUCAUCAAGCGCUCUGAGGUUCGCUCAGAGGUCGGACACCGCUCCGAAAGCCAUCGCUCUGAAGUCGGAGAAGAGCGCCAGAUUGCUCGACGGCCGAAGCCGCCGAAGCCAGAACCCGAAGAGGAAGAGGAAGAUUACUAUUAUGAGCGCAGAACACGUCGAAUCGAUGGCCGCGAUCGUGAUGAUGAAGAGUACGAAUCGAGUCAUCGUCGUCGUGACAGAGAAAGAGACGUCAGCCCUGGCGAUUCGAUCUCUCAGUAUGGCCGUGAUCGUCGAGGUGGCUACGACAGUGAUUCUAGCUAUGAGUACAUUAAGAGAGAGACACGUGAGGAGUUCAGCGAUGAAGAGCCUCGUCACCGACGGCAUCUUGCUGAGGGUGCUGCAGUUGGUCUUGGAGCUGCUGAGCUACUGCGCCAUCACCGUAAGAAGAAAGGGGAAGAUGAAGGCGGCCGCGGUAGUCGUGUAGGCAGAGACGUUGGAGCCGCAGCCUUGGGUGCCAUCGGUGCGGAGGCUGUGACACGAGCCCGAAGCCACUAUCGAAGCAAGAGCCGCCGUGGAUCUCGAGAUCGCGGAUCUCGGGACCGUGACCGUGACGGCGACCGUGAAGGACGGCGUAAGCACAAGCGCGAUAAGUCUCGUGGCAAAGAACGAAGCCGGAGUGAAUCAAACCAUCGCGUCAGGAAUCUCGCAGGUUUGGGUCUUGGAGCCGCUGCUGUUGCUGCUGCCGUUGGCUACGCAAACAGGAACGCAAAGAAGAGCGAAGGCCAAGAUCGGCGUAGCCGCUCAAGGACUCGAAGGGAUUCUGUCGGCGCUCUCCCUGCACCCGAGGAAGCGGAUGAUGCUCGAAAUGCUUCUCACAGGAACAAGAAGAUCGCCCAAGCUGGUCUGGCCGGCGCCGCCGUGGCUGGGCUUGUAGAAAGAGCUAGAAGCAAGUCUCGCGGGGGUGGGAAGAGGGAUCGUUCCAAGAGUAGAAUUCGCCAAGGUCUUCCAAUUGCUGCUACUGCUCUAGGUUCCGCUGCUGUCGCAGGCUUGUAUGAGAAACAGCAAGCUGGCAAAAAAGAGAAAGAAGCCCGACGUGAAGAACGUGCAGCCCGGAGGUCAGCAAGAUCGAGAUCCAGGUCACACGGUUAUGACGCUUCGCGUGAAGCUCCGGUCGGAGAUCCCGGCCUCAUCGAGUAUGGACAAGAACCGGUCUACAAUCAAAAUGGAGUGCCGGACUUCUACAAUCGACCAGCAAGUCAGACAGGUUACUACAACAACACUGAAGACGCUAUGGUUCCUGCUGCAACUGCAGGUGCAGCAUAUGGAGCUCAAGCUCAAAGAGACAUGGACAGGGGCCAGAGGCAACGAAGCAUUUCUUCUGGAUCAGAUGAUGGUCGUCGAAGAAGAAGACACCGACGUCAUAAGAGUGGGAGCCGUACUCCGAGCCGUAGCAGAGAUGCAACCACAGCAGCUCUUGCGGCAGGAGCAGCAGGUUUGGCUGCUUCUGAACAUGAGAAGAGAAAACAACGCAAGAGGGAAAAGAAGGAAGAACGUAGACGUCAAGAAGCAGCUGAAAGGGCGUCGUAUAGCCAAGAUCCGUACGGCCAGCAAUAUCAGCCCAAUAGUCCACCACCUGCUGGGUAUCAAAAUGAAGGACAACAGACUCCUUAUUAUCCUCCUCCACCCGGCCAAGAGUAUCCUGGUGCUACCCCUGCCCCUGUUGGCCAGAUUCAGCAUGAAUACAAUUACCCACAACAACCAGGCUACACACCUCCAGUGCCCAACACCUAUUCUCCAACUCCCGGAGCGGCUGGAUAUGCUCCGCAACCUAGGGAGCCCAGGAGGGCUGAUGAGAAUGUGAGUGCUGAAAUGUUUCACAACACUGCCAACAACGAUGUCCCUUUAAACCCCAACAACGAUGCCCUUUCUUUACUCAGCAACGAUGCCCCUUUCUAUGAUUCCAAUGGUGCACCUUUUUACUAUGAACCCAACAAUUUCUCAGGGGAGGGUGUAAAUACGCCCCGCGCCCAGUCCCCGUCCCGCCCUAGUCUUCAACGCAGGGCAUCUUCACAACCACCACCCACCACCAAAACUGUCCAAUUCGCUCUUGACACUCCUCCUUCAUCCCGUCCCAGUUCCCCAAAGCAAAUCCGCCAGCGUCGUCAGCAUGCCAGCUCCUCUAAGCACUCUCAACACGAUGAUUAUGAUAGCGAAGAUGGCUCUUCUUCUCGCAAAGAUAAAUCUCGUGCCCGUCGUCGUCGUCACCGUCGCUCGUCUAGCGAUGAUCCGUCCAGAUCUUCUUCUCCAGCUGAGUCGGACUCAACAGUCGAAUUACCGGAGCGAUUUGACGAGCGUGGUCGGCCUUUAGCUCAGCAAGACGAUGAUCCAGUGGCUCAUAUCGAGGAACUAUUUGGCGGCAGGGGCUCCGUUGGCAGGUUAUUACAGAAUUUUGGAUUAGGCGGCGGAAGUGAUGAUGGAGAUAGGAACAGGGACAGGGAUAGGCGGGGGCGGCGGAGACGAUGA